GAUGCGAUAUUAUGCCCAGGGCUGCGGGAUAGUCUGGUUCCGGGAAAUUUGUGUACAUUGUUACCGCAAUUCACAAAUAAUUCAAAAUACAAGUCGAAAUGGCUCGAAAGACGCCAAAGAAAACUGAUUUAACGCAAGUUUUUCACAGUCCUGCACAGUACCACAACGCACGUACGGAAAACGACUCACAAUGAUAUUGAUGGAAUAAUGAAUCAGACUGAGAUCUAAAUGACGAAAUCAAGAGCGCCAAUGCACAAAAUAUGUUUAAAAUAACAUCAGCUGAUGGAAGUCAUGGGAGGAGGUGGAGUUCGAAACCUCGAAGAACAUACGAGACGAAUUCAAUGCAGUCGUGGUAUUGUUUUUGUUAAGACUCUUUAUAAUAGUGUACGUUUUCUUUAAUGUUCCCAAACUCUACGUGGACAGAAUGACAAUGUGCGAGACCUGUGCUUUUAAAAAGUGUUCAAUCUUUGUGGUGAAGGGGGUUGAUUUAAUUAUUGAAAAUAUUUAGUAAUUGUUUCAAUUGAUUUGUUUUAAUUAAGUUGGACAGCUAUGCAGUCUCAUGGAUUACAUUGUAAAUCUCUCUUGUUUUUAAACUCCUCUUCCCGUAACACUUUCUUUCUCAGUUCUCUCUCAUUCGUCCCAAAGCAUAAACCAGUGACAUCUGAGGACAUAACAUUGAUGAAGUUAUUCUUGUCAUCAAACAGCAAAAUUCUUGUGCUGACGGGAGCUGGUAUUUCUACUGAAAGCGGUAUUCCGGACUAUCGUUCAGAAGGGGUAGGUUUAUAUGCUCGGAGUACCUCAAGGCCUAUUCAAUUUCAAGACUUCGUUAAAAGUCCGCAACUUCGAAAACGCUACUGGGCGAGAAAUUAUGUUGGAUGGCCGCGAUUUUCUUCUAUUGUGCCCAACGUCACCCAUUUUGCUUUGCGUAGGUUAGAAAGUGAAAUGAGACUAAGCUCAAUUGUAACUCAAAAUGUGGACGAAUUGCAUCGAAAAGCUGGGUGCAAAAAUGUUGUAGAAUUACAUGGUUCUGCGUACAGAGUUAUUUGUUUGCAUUGCCGUUACGAAGUUCACAGACACUUGUUUCAAGAAACUCUCAAUAAGUUGAAUCCUUCAAUAAGCAUCGUGUCCCAAUCUGUAAGACCAGAUGGUGAUGUUGAUCUUCCACAGGAUUUUGUUGAACAAUUUGUGGUUCCAAACUGUCCUGAUUGUAGUGGAAUUUUGAAGCCAGAUAUUGUAUUUUUUGGAGACAAUGUACCAAGAGAACGUGUGGAUUUGGUUAAAAAUCUAGUGAAUACUUCUGAUGCUCUGUUGGUUUUGGGGUCUUCACUUUUUGUUUUUUCUGGAUACAGAUUUAUUCUUCAUGCAGCAGAACUUGAAAAACAAAUUGCAAUUGUUAACAUUGGGGAAACUAGGGGUGACAAACAUGCUCAUCUUAAAAUAGAUAAAAAAUGUGGGGAAAUAUUUUCAAACUUGUUUGAAAAUGAAUUGACUUGAAAAUUAAAUAUAAUUUGGAAGAAAAUAUUGUUGAGUGUUAUGAUAAGUUUGUCUUUUAUCAUUUCUGAAAAAUACUUUUUUUUCCUUCCUUAGAUUUCCUCUUUUGGUCCUCUUCUACUUCUUGCUGUCGUGGAGUUAACUGAUCUAAUUUCUGUUCGUAUUUUGUGUAGAGCUGAAAAAA